AUGGUGUCUGUCCCCUCCGCUAACCAGAACGGUAGCGGGGGUGCUGGCAGUGCUAAUGCCAGCUCGCGAGCCUCUCCUGCCGUUAGCAAUGCCAAUGCUACCCGCGAUGCCUCGACAACCGCCAACGGCGCCAAGCCGAAGACUCAGGUCAACUCGAACGGCUACCACCCGACAAACCCUCAACUGCCCCUCAGUUCGAUGCAGAGCGCUCCAUUAGACCUACGAUCCGUGGAGCGGAGAGGUCAACCCACCGCGAGUCGUGAACAUGUCAAAAAGUCCCGACUUUUUGGUCUCCAGGAAGCCCCUACCUACACGCCAACAGAGGAGGAGUGGAAAGAUCCUCUCGAGUAUGUUCGCAAGAUCUCGCCAGAGGCGCAAGCCUAUGGUCUCUGCAAGAUCAUACCCCCGGAUUCCUGGAAUCCAGAUUUUGCCAUUGAUACCGAGCGAUUUCAUUUCAGAACACGGAAGCAAGAACUUAACUCUGUUGAAGGCAGCACACGGGCCAACUUGAGCUACCUGGAUGCUUUAGCCAAAUUUCACAAGCAACAGGGCACCAAUCUUAAUAGGCUACCCUACGUUGACAAGAAGCCCCUGGAUUUGUAUCGUCUGAAAAAGGCUGUUGAGUCCCGAGGAGGCUUUGAGAAGGUCUGCAAAACGAAAAAGUGGGCCGAGAUAGGUAGAGACCUGGGGUAUAGUGGGAAGAUUAUGUCGUCUUUGUCCACGUCGCUGAAAAACUCGUAUGAUCGUUGGCUCAACCCUUAUGAGAAUUAUCUCCGACAAGCGAAGCCCGGCGUGUAUCAACAAUUGGAGUAUGAGUAUGGCGGCCCCUUGACGCCGAGCCCAGCUCCUAGUCCUGUCAAACGAUCAACCGUCAAUACCCCCUCUAGCCUUCGGGGCGAGUCGCCUGCGCGACAUGCAACAGACGCUCUUCAAGCGGGCUUGGGUGUAACGAAAGGUGAUGUGGAUCGCGACAAUGCCACGACAGCGGAUUUGCCGCCACCGAUACCCCAGCCUACGAGCGGGUUUACUGCAAUCAACUCGGGUGGAUUUACGGCUGUAAAUGCUAGUUUUACAAGCGUCAAUCGCCCAACUCCACCAGAAGCGAAGAGCUUUACGCCACCCCCGAGGCGACAUGAUAGCCCUGCCUCAAUGACGAAGGACACCGCGCUUGACUUGCGGCCAGCAAGCCUUAGUUCAGCUAAUGCGCUCAAACGACAGCUUAGUUUCGACAGCAUUGACUCAGCUAGGAAAGAAGCAAGCGCUGACAAAGAUGAUUCAGAAAAUGGCAGCAGAAGAAGCAAGAGACUCAAGAAAGAAACUGUACCGACUGUCGCUGGCUCACAUAUGUCCUUAUUUCGACCUUCAGCCCCUCGAGUUCCCCGGGAUGAAACGUCGCCUCCGGGUGAGAAGUGCGAUACAUGUGGCAAAGGCGACGAUGCCGGUUUCAUCCUGGUCUGCGAGUCUUGCGAUCACGGUUACCACGGUGCUUGUCUUGACCCUCCACUAAAAGCUCAACCCGACGGCGAAUGGAAUUGUCCUCGAUGUCUCGUUGGCGAUGGUCAGUUUGGCUUUGAAGAAGGCGGCCUCUAUUCCCUGAAGCAGUUUCAGGAGAAAGCUGCAGACUUUAAGCAAAGCUAUUUCGAGAGUCGCAUGCCCUUUGACCCUGUCCUUAACUGUGUUCGACCUGUGACGGAAGAUGACGUUGAGCGAGAGUUUUGGAAGCUGGUUGCUAACAUCGAAGAAACUGUUGAGGUUGAGUAUGGAGCUGACAUACAUUGUACAACCCACGGAUCGGGCUUUCCAACGGCUGAGCGGCAUCCCUGCAACCCCUACUCCGGCGACCCUUGGAAUUUGAACAAUAUGCCAUUACACCCAGACAGUCUAUUUCGGCACAUCAAGACGGAUAUCUCUGGAAUGACUGUGCCUUGGGUGUACGUCGGCAUGAUAUUCUCAACAUUCUGCUGGCAUAACGAGGAUCACUUUGCCUAUUCAAUCAACUAUCAGCAUUUCGGAGCUACCAAAACCUGGUACGGUAUUCCCGCCGAAGACACUGAAAAAUUCGAAAAUGCUAUGAGAGAAGCUGUUCCGGAACUCUUUGAGACACAACCAGAUCUGUUGUUCCAGCUCGUCACUCUUUUGACACCGGAACAUCUUAAAAAGGCUGGAGUCAGAGUCUACGCUCUGGAUCAACGAGCUGGACAAAUGGUAAUUACAUUUCCGCAGGCAUAUCAUGCAGGCUUUAACCACGGGUUCAACUUCAACGAAGCCGUCAAUUUCGCGCCUUCUGACUGGGAACCGUAUGGUCUAGCUGGAGUAGAAAGGCUACAGCAGUUUCGAAGGCAGUCAUGCUUCUCCCACGAUGAAUUGCUGUGGACGGCAGCAGAAGGACCUACCAGUGCGCUAACCAUACAGACCGCUAAAUGGCUUGCGCCAGCCCUCGAAAAAAUCCACAAACGGGAACAAGAACAACGAGAAGCGUUCAUCGCAAAGCACUUGGAGAAUAAUAGCCAUGCAUGUGCCUUGACUUCCGAAUCUACCGAGCAACAGUGCACGAUUACCUUCCAGAUCCUCGAUGAAGAUGUACCGGAGGAUGAAUAUCAAUGCUUAUAUUGCAAAUCGUUUACUUACCUGUCAAGAUUCAAAUGUCUCAAGUCUGGCAAGGUUCUUUGUUUGUUACAUGCUGGAUAUCAUGCUUGUUGCGACAUAACCGAGUCCCAACGAUUUGCUGGGGAUCAGCAUGUUAUAUACUAUCGGAAGACGCAAGCAGAUAUGGACGAGACUCACCGAAAGGUUGCCGAAAAGGCUAAUAUGCCGGAACAUUGGGAGGAAAAGUACGAGAAGUUGCUAGAUGAGGGAGCAACGCCAGCGUUGAAGACGCUACGAACACUCCUUAAUGAGGGUGAACGCAUACCGUACGGCCUCCCCUCCUUACCAGUCCUCCGGGAAUUUGUUGAUCGCUGCAACGAUUGGGUCGAAGAAGCGACUAAUUUUACGGUGCGUAAACAGCAGAACCGCCGUAAGAACGACAAGGUCCAGACAUGGCAACGCGGAAUGAUCAGAACCAACGGCGACAUCAUGAAGGAGUACGAGGAACGUGAAGCUCGAAAGGUCCACAACAUCUACCGUUUAAUUGAGGAGGCAGAUCGCAUAGGCUUUGAUUGUCCUGAGAAACAUCAAUUGAAGGAGCGAGCAGAUGCGAUACGAAGCUUCCAGAAAAAUGCUGAACAAGCUCUGGAGCACAUUCUCGGCCACAAUCAAGAAUCGAUCGAGGAGCUAAUCGAGGAGGGUCGUACAUUCAACGUAAUCAUUCCGGAACUAGAUAAACUACAAUCCGUUCUUGAACAGAUUCGCUGGGGUAAUACUGCCAGGACUAAUCGCGGCAAAUCUUUGACUAUGGACGAGGUUAGAGAAAUCAUUAAGGAAGGGCAUCGGCUGUGCAUUCCGCUUUACAACGAUCAUAUGAAAUGGUAUAACGACAAGUAUCAGGCAGCUCUUCAGUGGGAAACCAAGGCAAGGGAGCUUAUCAAUGCUGACUUGAUUCAUUACCCGCAACUUGAAGCUCUCUCCAAUCAGGUUCAAGCUCAGAGCCUACCCGUCCCGGCUGACACACUAGCUAUCAUUGACCAAAUUUUGCACAAACAACGAGAAGCGCACAGGCAGGUCGUUGAUCUGACCGAACGCUCUCGCGAUUCGGACCACACUAAGCGACCCAGAUAUUCCGAGGUGGCGGAAGUGAUGAGAAAAGUUGAGGAUCUCAACUCCAAGCCCGCUGGUACACUUGAUCUUGAGAAGGAACAGAAACGCCAUGAGGAUUGGAUGCGGAAGGGAAAGAAGCUAUUCGGCAAGACCAACGCACCACUUCAUAUUCUCAAGAGCCAUAUGGACUACGUCUACGACCGCAAUCUCGACUGCUUUGACAUUGUUAGUGACAAGCCUCGAGUGCCAGCUGAGCCUGCGUCAAGAGCCACAAGCGAGGAGAGGGAUCAAAAAUCGUCUCGAACGUGGGAUGACCCGACCUUUAGAGAGGUUUUCUGCAUCUGCCGUCGGACCGAAGCCGGGCUCAUGAUAGAAUGUGAAUUGUGCCACGAGUGGUAUCAUGGGAAGUGUCUCAAAAUUGCCCGGGGCAAGGUGAAAGAGGACGACAAGUAUACUUGCCCCAUCUGCGACUGGCGUGUGAAAAUCCCACGAGAUGCUGCUCGUCCCAAGCUUGAAGACUUAAUUGCCUGGCAGGACGAAAUCCCCGGCCUCCCUUUCCAGCCUGAAGAAACUGAAGUACUCAAAAAGAUCAUAGACAAGGCGCAAGAAUUCCGACAGCAUAUAGCAGCAUUCUGUACCCCUGUUGUGGCUACGGCAUCUGAAGCUGAUACCCAGCGUUUCUAUCUUCGAAAAAUUGAAGGUGCCGAAAUCCUAUUAUCUUACGAGACCAAUUUUUUCCGACAAGAACUUCAUAAAUGGGCCCCAGUGGCUCCCCAGCCGCCUCCAGUUCUAGAUGUAUCGAAGAGUACGAGAAAACCACGGCCGACAAAAUUACAGAAACUGCUUACUCAGUAUGGUGUGGAUGACCCGGAUGAUCUCCCAGAAGCCGUAAAGGGUAAAGCAAACAGCCUUAAGCGCAAAGCUCAGAACGCCGAAGCCGCCGCCGCGGCUGCUGCCGCUGUUGCUCCUCCAAGCGCGAGUCUCAUCCCACCGCAUGCCACUAGCCCGUCAACGCACUCAUUUGGUUCGAGUGGCCAUGCAUUCUUCCGUGGCUCACAGCCGUCGACCCCUGCCUUGACAGCAACUACACAUGGACACCCCCCUCCUAGUGCUGAAUCGGUAACGUCCAGCCGACCUACUUCCUCCCUUCGUCCUGAUUCCAUGGAUAUCGACGGCGGUUCCAGUCUCCAUCCUGAUUUUUUCAUGUCAAAUGGGAGCAGUGGCCAAGGUCCUCAACUCACGCGCUCGGAUUCCAAUCUCUCGCUGGAAGAGCGCAUACUUCAGGGUCAAGAUGACGAUCUUAUUCAUGCCACUGGUCCUGAUCGAGAAAAAGUACUAGAAAUUCUCGGCAAGACCGAAAACGGUCGUCGACGUGCUGAGGAAGUCUACGGACCUGAUAUCUGGGAUUCCUGGCGGGGCAAAGGCUACUAUCGGCCGUCGAACGCUGAUCAAAGAAACCCAGACGACGACAAGGAAGUAGACAAGAUGUUCCUGGACCUAACAAAUGCCAACGAGGAUAAUGUCUCCAAGAAAGACAAGCGUCCUGAAGGGGAGCGCGUCAGCAUCACGGCCGAGAGCUUUGAAGCCGAGCGCAAUGCGAUGGAUGCUAUGGAAGACUCCGAAUAA